GCAGUCCCCCAGCCCCUCUGCGCCCGCCCCGGCGGCCACCUCUGGGGCGAGGCAGCCCGGCGCGUGGGAGGGGACGGUGCGCCAUUGGCUUGCGCACCGAACUAGAGGAGGGACCUGCGGGCCAGACUCGGGCGAGCCCGGAGGCGCAGGAGUCCAGCCCUCCCUGCCCUGCCCUGGCCGCCCGGUGCGGCGGCGCGAUGUGAGGCGCUGAGGGCCGCAGGUCCGCCCAGCACUGCCGUCAACCCCGAGAGCUCGGUGACUUCCGCGCCGGGAACAUUGUGUGGCUGUGGGCCAGGACCCGCCCCCUUCUGCUCUGUGCCAGAACCCUGCACACACCUGGUUUGUGCCCCUCUGCUCAGGCUCCAGGACGCAAUGGCGGCCAAGCAGCCCCCGCCUCUCAUGAAGAAGCACAGCCAGACAGAUCUUGUGAGCCGCCUGAAGACUCGAAAGAUCUUAGGUGUGGGCGGGGAGGAUGAUGACGGCGAGGUGCACCGCUCCAAGAUCAGCCAGGUCCUGGGCAACGAGAUCAAGUUUGCUGUCCGGGAACCCCUGGGGCUCAGGGUCUGGCAGUUCGUGUCUGCAGUGCUGUUCUCUGGCAUUGCGUUCAUGGCCCUGGCCUUCCCUGACCAGCUCUACGAUGCUGUCUUCGAUGGAGCCGAGGUCACCAGCAAGACCCCAAUCCGCCUGUAUGGGGGUGCCCUGCUCAGCAUCUCCCUGAUCAUGUGGAAUGCACUCUACACGGCUGAGAAGGUCAUCAUCCGGUGGACACUGCUCACGGAAGCCUGCUACUUCGGGGUCCAGUUUGUGGUAGUCACUGCCACGCUGGCUGAGACGGGCCUGGUGUCACUGGGGAUCCUGGUGCUCCUGGCCAGCCGCCUACUCUUCGUGGCCAUCAGCAUUUACUACUAUUACCAAGUUGGCCGGAAGCCCAAGAAAGUCUAGUGGGGCCGGGACCCGCGCAUGCUGGGCUGGCUCAGCUUCGGGGCGUCUGUUCCCCCUCGACUCCUGGAAGGCAACCCCUCUCUCAGCCGGCCACAGUGCUCCUAGGCAGGCAGGGGAGCCCCUUCCCUCCUGAGCCCUCUCCUGGGGCUGUAGCAUCCUGGGCUUCCAGUCUGGCAGGCCGGUUGAGGAGACAGGCUGUACCCCA